CAUGUCAUGGUUGACGUUUGAUCACAUUCCAUUCUAAAACCACGUGGUUAGUUGGAUGUUUUGAAAUUUAAAUUUUCAUAAAAAAGAGUAGAAAUAACAGUGUUGUGGUGGUGAAGAACGAUGUAUCCAAGAAGAGGUCGAGGUAGAAGGCAGUAUGACAACAGACAAUUAUCGCAACAAGAAUGCCUUGCUGAGUUACUGUUUAUUUUCGGCAACGAAGCGCCACAUUAGUCUACAUCAAUUUCC